ACUGAUCUUCUUUUGGCUUGGAAUCCCAUUUGUCUGGGCCUAGUAGAGGGAGUCAUUGGUAAAGUUCAGCUUCAUACAGAUUUGCCAUGGUGGCUACUUCUAAUUCGUCAGAAGGCAUUGAUUGGCAAACUUCCAGGAGACCAUGAGGUCUGCAAGAUAACUAAGAUUGCAGUGAUUCCCCUUUCUGAAACAGAGCCUCAGGACCUGGAAUUAGAGCUUUGUAAAAAGCACCAUUUUGGGAUAAACAAGCCAGAGAAGAUUACGCAGUCCCCAGACGACACAAAAUUUCUGCUGAAGACUCUUACUCAAAUUAAAUCAAAUGUGUCUGCUCCAAAUAAAAAGAAGAUUAAAGAAAGCAAAGAGAAAGAGAAGCUGGAGAAGAGAUUGUUGGAGGAGUUGUUCAAAAUGUUCAUGGAUUCAGACUCCUUUUACUACAGCCUGACCUAUGACCUAACAAACUCUGUGCAGAGGCAGAGCGUGUGUGAGAAAACCAACUUAGCGCUGUGGCGAAAGGUUGAUGACAGAUUCUUUUGGAACAAGCACAUGAUUGAAGAUCUCAUCAGCAUUGAUAAUGCUGAAGUGGACUUCUGGAUUAUACCCAUCAUACAAGGAUUUGUGCAAAUUGAAGAACUUGUAGUAAACUAUAGUGAAUCUUCUGAUGAUGAUAAGAGCAGUCCUGAAACUCCUCCUCAGGAAUCAACUUGUGUAGAUGACAUUCAUCCAACAUUUCUGGUGGCACUUAUUUCACGCCGGAGUCGGCACAGAGCUGGAAUGCGGUAUAAGCGAAGAGGGGUUGAUAAAAAUGGAAACGUGGCAAACUAUGUUGAGACAGAGCAACUGAUUCAUGUUCAUAACCAUACUCUCUCAUUUAUACAAACAAGGGGCUCUGUGCCCGUGUUCUGGAGCCAAGUUGGAUAUAGAUACAACCCACGGCCCCGACUGGACAAGAGUGAAAAUGAAACUGUGUCCUGUUUCCGUGCACAUUUUGAAGAACAGCUGAAAAAUUACAAAAAGCAGGUUAUUAUUAAUUUGGUGGAUCAGACAGGCAGAGAGAAGAUUAUUGGAGAUGCUUACCUUAAACAAGUUCUUCUCUACAACAAUUCAAAUCUGACUUAUGUUUCAUUUGAUUUCCAUGAGCACUGCCGAGGAAUGAAGUUUGAAAAUGUCCAAACACUGACUGAUGCCAUUCAUGAUAUUAUUCUUGACAUGAAGUGGUGCUGGGUUGACCAAGCUGGUGUGAUCUGUAAGCAGGAAGGAAUCUUUCGAGUUAACUGCAUGGACUGUCUGGAUCGUACCAAUGUUGUGCAGGCUGCUAUUGCAAGAGUGGUCAUGGAACAGCAGCUCAAGAAACUGGGUGUGAUGCCACCAGAACAGCCUUUGCCAGUAAAAUGCAACAGAAUCUACCAGAUCAUAUGGGCAAACAACGGAGAUGCCAUCAGCCGGCAGUAUGCUGGCACAGCAGCCUUGAAGGGUGACUUCACAAGGACUGGUGAGAGGAAGCUGGCAGGGGUAAUGAAGGAUGGAGUUAAUUCUGCAAACAGAUACUACUUGAAUCGUUUCAGGGAUGCUUAUAGGCAAGCAGUCAUAGAUGUGAUGCAGGGUAUCCCUGUGACAGAAGAUCUUUACUCCAUUUUUACAAAAGAAAAGGAACACGAAGCCCUGCAUAAAGAGAACCUGAGGAGCCAUCAGGAAUUGAUCAGCCAGCUGCUGCAGAGCUACAUGAAACUGCUCUUACCAGAUGAUGAAAAAUUCCAUGGAGGUUGGGCACUUAUUGACUGUGAUCCAAGUCUCAUUGAUGCCACUCAUAAGGAUGUGGAUGUUCUGCUUUUACUUUCUAACUCUGCAUACUACGUGGCCUAUUAUGAUGAUGAGAUUGACAAGGUGAAUCAGUACCAAAGGUUAGGUCUUGAAGCUCUGGAAAAAAUAGAAAUAGGGCCUGAGCCUACUCUCUUUGGCAAACCCAAGUUCUCUUGCAUGAGGCUGCACUACAGAUACAAAGACACGAGUGGGUAUUUUCACACUCUCAGAGCCGUGGUACGCAGCCCAGAGGAAGAUGGCAAAG